UGAGCUAAUACAAUCAGAAUCAGUGUGAAAUCCAUCCCAUAACUGGUCCCUCACACCCGGCGCCCAUCCUCCAUCCUCCCCAGCCGCGCCGCCUCAUGUUCAGCGUCCAGUCCCCCCGCCCACUGAGGGCUCGCGGCGGCGAUGCGGCGGUGGAACAGGACAGGGAACUCCGCCACGAGAGCAAGGUGGGGAGGGUGCGGACGCGCGCCAAGCUGCGGGAGGCGGAGAGGUCGAGGAAGGAGAACGAGGAGCGGGAGCGGCUAGAUGCGGAGGAGGCCGACUACCGCCGUGUUUGGGCAAAAGGCAAUGAACUCUUCUACACCAGAAGAUAUCAGGAAGCAGCAGCUCACUAUACCGAAGCUGUGAACAAGAAUCCAAAUGAACCCGCGGUGUUUAGAAACAGAGCUCAAUGUCACAUCUUUCUGGGAGCUCUGCCCCAAGGUCUGGAAGAUGCAGAAAAAUGUAUUGAGCUGGAUCCUACUUAUUUGAUGGGUUAUCUCUGUAAAGCGAAGGUUCAAGCCCUGAUGCAGAAUUAUGAAAGUGCUAUGGCAACAUACAUAGAGGGUUUGAAGCGUGAUCCAAACAGUACUAUCAUAAUUGAUGGCUUUAAGAGAUGUGUGACAUGCAUUGAGAAGUCUAAAGGCGGUGACGUUGGGCUUGUGGAUUUAGAAGACAUUUUGAGAGAUUGGCAUUCAGACAUUUAUUUGUCUAAUGAACUUAAAAAGUACAUGGAAGAAGUUGCAGUAUUCAAGAAAGAAGCUUCUGAUGAGCGCUUGAGGUGGAUUGAAUCUGAACAAACAGCCAGGACAUCAGAGGCAAAUCAGGUGCAACGACAUAAAGAUGCUGAGGAGCAUCUUUCCAAAAUACAACAAGAGUUGCAACAAGUUAAAGCACGACAGGAUGAGGUUGCUAAUGAGCUACAAAAAGCUAAUAAGCAUAAUGAACAUGCUCAAAAUCAGCUUUUGGAAUCAAAAAAGUUCCAUAGUGAGGAACUUCAGAAGGCCAAUGAGCAUAGUUUGGAUCUGCAACAUCAGCUCACUGAAUCCAAAGAGCGGUAUAAUCAGCUUCAGUCCAAGCAUGACGUCUUGCUAAAGGAACGAGAUGCUGCACUCGAAGAGGUAGAAAAGUUACACCGGAGAAGUACAGCGAUGCCCUGCCAGUUUUCAUUAGCUGAACUAGAACGUGCAACAGAAAAUUUCAGUACUUCAACGAAGUUCAGAGAAUGUGGGGUUGCCUCUGUGUACCGAGGUGUCCUCCGGAACAUGACAGUUGCAGUAAAGGUGCUGAGACACGAUGGUCAAGGACCCUCACAGUUUGAACAAGAGGUUGCUAUCCAUAGUAGAGUGAGACACCCCAACCUAGUAACUCUGCUAGGAGCAUGCACAGAGUUAUUGACGCUUGUCUAUGAGUUCUUACCAAAUGGUAGUCUUGAAGAUUUUCUUUCAUGUGAGGAUAAGAGGCGAACUCUGACGUGGCAGAUCCGCAUCCGUAUUAUUGCUGAGAUAUGUUCAGCUCUGAUCUUUCUUCACGAGAACAGACCUGAACCAAUUGUACAUGGCGAUCUUCAUCCUGCCAAUAUUCUUCUUGAUGCCAACUUAGUCACUAAGCUUAGUGACUUUGGCAUUUUUCAUUUGCUAAUCCAGUCCAACAGCAAUAGCACCAACCAUCCUGUGGAGGCCCCUAUAUACGUGGACCCAGAAUGUCUUGCCACUCGCAAGAUGACACCUCACUCCGAUGUUUAUUCUUUUGGAAUGGUAGUCCUGCGCCUUUUAACUGGAAAGCCUCCUCUUGGUAUAAAGAAGAUUGUGGAGGAUGCUAUGGAGCAAGGUGACCUCAAUUCUGUAGUUGAUACCUCAGCCGGAGAGUGGCCUGAUGUGCACAUCCAGCAGUUAGCACACAUUGCUCUCAGUUGCACUGAGCAAAACAGCAGGUACCGUCCUGUUCUUUCAGGCCAGCUCUGGACAGCAGUUGAGACCAUGAGGGAUGUUGCAAUGUUAUCUUCACAGUCAUCUUCAAGUUUGGUGCCAGAGGAAAGCAUCAUACCAUCACACUUCACCUGUUCUAUAUCUCAUGAAAUCAUGAAGGAUCCUCAGUUGACAGCGGAUGGAAUCACCUACGAAGGUAAUUCUAUCCGGGAAUGGUUUGGUAGAGGCAAAAUCACAUCGCCGUUCACCAACUUGCCACUUCAACACCAGGAGCUCAUCCCCAAUAUCGCUCUCCGUUCUGCCAUUCAGGAAUGGCUCCAACAGCACAGCAUGGUGCUGUAAUAAUCUGCCUAAUUUGCAAAGCUUUGUCCCAGCCGCCACAAGUAGCAACACGGUGUGUCGGUGCCUGCUCCCCACCAAAAGCUUGAACCUGGCAGACAGAAGAGCAAGCAUCCGUCAACUGCGUAGUACUAACUAGUGGUAUGGCAUUCUGUAGGUAAAAUGCAAGUAUUUUGCAAAAGGAUCAUUAGAUAUGUAGGCGACGUCUAUGAAAAACAAAAGACUGCUUGAACUAGUGGUCAGUGGAGUAGUUGUUAUUCUUGUAGAACUAUGGCUCAUUACUGCGUGAACUAGUUUUU